GUGGAUGCUGCAGCCGGAGAGAUAACAACAUACUGACAGACACCGAGAAGGACAGUCACCCGACAGCAGUCAUUUCUGUGAUCUAAUAUGGAUAAUAAGGCACUGGAACUUGACUCUGUUAGCCUCCCUAUGGAGGAGGUGGUCAUAUGUAAUGGUGACAGCCAGCCUGCUGCUCAGCCUCAGCCACAACAGGAGGUAUCCAUGCUGACCCACCUGAAGAAGGUUGAGAACCAGAUCACUGAGGCACAGCGAUUCACCCACCUACCCCGACGCUCAGCUGUUGACCUGGAGUUCAUCAACAUCUCCUACACCAUUCGGGAGGGACCGUGCUGGAGGAGGAGAGGUUUCAAAGCCUUAUUAAAGUGCCUGUCAGGAAGGUUCUGCAGCAGAGAGCUUAUAGGGAUCAUGGGACCAUCGGGGGCAGGGAAGUCCACCCUGAUGAACAUUCUAGCAGGGUACAGGGAAACAGGGAUGAAGGGUCAGAUCCUGGUAAAUGGGAAACCCAGGGACCUGAGGACCUUCAGGAAAAUGUCCUGCUACAUCAUGCAGGAAGACAUGCUGCUGCCACACCUCACUGCCAGGGAGGCCAUGAUGGUUUCAGCCAACUUAAAGCUGGAUGAAACUAUGGAUGUGAAGAAGGAACUGGUGAACGAGAUUCUGACUGCUUUAGGGCUCCUUGACUGCGCCCACACUCGUACCAGCUCACUGUCAGGUGGUCAGUGUAAACGUCUGGCCAUCGCCCUCGAACUGGUUAACAAUCCUCCAGUCAUGUUCUUUGAUGAGCCCACCAGUGGCUUAGACAGCGUGUCAUGCUACCAGGUGGUGUCCCUAAUGCGUUCUCUGGCACAGGGCGGGCGUACCAUCAUCUGCACUAUUCACCAGCCCAGUGCCAAACUGUUUGAGAUGUUUGACAAGCUUUACAUCCUCAGUCAGGGACAGUGCAUCUACAAAGGCACCGUCCCUUACCUCAUACCCUAUCUGAAGACGCUCGGCCUCUACUGUCCUACCUACCACAACCCUGCAGACUUCAUCAUUGAAGUGGCAUCAGGAGAGUAUGGAGACCUGAACCCGGUGCUGUUUGAAGCAGUCCAAGGUGGAAUGUGUGCUUUAGAGGAGAAGAAUCAAUCAGUCUGUGCAACAAUCUGCCCCGUUGAUGCCAGGCACAUAGAAAGCCACACCUUUGCCACAAGUACGCUAACACAGUUCUGCAUCCUCUUCAAGAGAACCUUCAUAACUGUAUGUCGAGACCAGGUUUUGACCCACCUCAGAGUGAUAUCCCACAUCUGCAUAGGUGUGUUAAUAGGUUUGCUCUAUCUCAACAUUGGCAAUGAUGCCAGCAGGGUGUUUAACAACACUGGAUUUCUCUUCUUCUCUAUGCUCUUCCUCAUGUUUGGAGCACUCAUGCCUACUGUGUUGACCUUUCCUCUGGAGAUGUCUGUAUUCCUGAGGGAGCAUCUGAACUACUGGUACAGCCUGAAAGCCUACUACCUGGCCAAGACCAUGGCUGAUAUUCCCUUCCAGGUGAUCUGCCCCAUCAUGUACUGCAGCAUAGUGUACUGGAUGACAGAGCAGCCUCCUGAGGCAAGUCGCUACCUGCUCUUCAUAGCCCUGUCCACCUGCACUGCCCUGGUAGCCCAGUCUCUUGGGCUGUUGGUUGGCGCUGCCUCCACCUCACUACAGGUAGCCACAUUUGUAGGGCCUGUUACAGCUGUCCCUGUGCUGCUGUUCUCUGGAUUCUUUGUCAACUUUGACACAAUCCCCAAGUAUCUGCAGUGGAGCUCCUAUGUUUCCUAUGUCAGGUAUGGCUUUGAAGGGGUCCUCCUGUCUAUCUAUGGGAUGAACCGCACAGAGCUGGAGUGUCCAGGGCCGGUGUGUAAGUUCCAACAGCCUGAAGAGGUUCUGCAGCUGCUAGAUGUGGAGGAUGCAAAGCUCUAUGUAGAUUUUAUUGUCCUGGGAAGUUUCUUCAUCAUCCUACGUCUGGCCACUUACCUUGUCCUCCGCUACAAGGUCAAGUCAGAGCGAUAGAUUCUCUUCAGCUCAUCUCCAAAACACACGACCCCCCCUAGACUCUGGACUCUUUCCUGUGCAGAGAGAACCUGUCACGUCAUGUAGGAGUUUGUUUCAUUUCAUUUUACAUGUUGCUGCUAAGUGGACAGAACAAAUUCUGGUUGUGUUCUCCUGCCAGCUGGUGACAGUCCUUUAAACCACUAUACAGCUGUUUUACCUCAUCAAGAACUAAUGGGUGUGCACAAAGCCAUGUCACAGAGACUGAGCCACAUUCAGCUACACGUGCUGUACGUUUUAUAACUUACAGAAGUUUUUAGAGCCAAGCAGAUGGGACUCAGUAGCAGAACUGACAUCCUGCUUUAGUCCACACUGUGCUGCUGCUCUGGCAGAGUAUAUCUCUGGUCCAGGAUACUCACCCCUUACGAAAUUCAAAUGCAAAAAGAGUGUUUACUUUUGUAAGCCAAAAAAAAAAAAAAAAAAGAAGUUGCACUAAAGAUGUUUGAUAAUGUGCCUGAAAGAGUGAAAAAGCAACAAUCACGCGGCCUUUGUAUCACUGAAAGAGAGAGCGGAUUUGGGCCGUAGCCCUAAAAACAUUAA